CAAAAUGAGUUAAUUGAAUUAACCUAUAAUGGCUGAAGAAGACGAAAUUGAUAUUUUAGGAGAUUAUAGUUUAGAUGGGUUUCUGGCAGGAACUAAUGCAAUAUCUAAUAUAAACUCAGAACUUGAUAUUUUGCAAUGUGAUUAUUCAAUGAAUUCACACAAUGAAUGGCUCUUAGAUUCAUCAUCUUCCUGCUUCUAUAAUGAUGAAACAACAAAAGUUAAUGAACGGGUAAAGAGUAUAUCUCCACCUACUGUCAUAAAUGUUAUAGCCACACGACCGAAUGUUUCAAAAAUAGAGCCAAUAUUGGGUUGGUCCACUACUGAAAUUGUUUUAUUAGAAAGGGGUCUAGAACUGUUUGGGAGCAGUCCAGUGUGCUUAAGCCAAUUUAUCGGAUCUAAAACACCAAGCCAAGUUAAACAAUACCUUAAAGUUUCUCAAAAUAAAAAUUUAACAAAAAUUGCAGUUUCUGAAGUGAGUUUAGAAAACACGAUCACCAAUCAUGUUAAUUUAGAUGUUAGUGAAGUCAAAUGUAAUCAAAACACCAAAAGUAUUGGUGAUGAAGUGCUUGAUGAUGUUGAUAUACCAGCUUCCGUUGAAGAAGUUAUAAGUAUUGUCAGUACAGCAAAAACCACAGUUAGAAAACAUGAAAAAAAGGAACAAAAUGAUCCUGAAGUUAAAAAAGUUAUUCAUAAUGCUUGGAGACAGAAAUCAGUUGUUAAAGGUAAUAAUUCCAGAAGUGUUUUAAAACCAGUGUUUCAAAAGUAUCUUAAAAAACCAUCAAGUUUAAGUGCAAUUAAACCUAAUAAACUUAGUAUUAAAGAAAGUAUAAUAGCUAGUAUGAAACAAAGAUUUUCCAAGUCAAAGAAUAUAAAGAAUAGUGGUUCUAAUUUAAUAAAGCUUGAAAAUAGAUCAGAUGUGGAUAGUGAUACUGAGAUAGAUAUUGAAGUAGAUGAUACUUCUGCACCAACUGAAAACAAUACAAUUCUUAAUUCAAGCCAAACAAUUCAAAAUGGAAAAUCUGAAGAACAAUCCAUAAAUUGUGUCUCUAUUGAUGGCUGCAUUAAUAGUUCAGAUGAUGUUUUUGAAGAAGAAACCAUUAUUGAUGACAUGGAUAGUAUUAACUGUUUUCAUGAAGAAGUUGUUAUAACUGAUGAAGCAAACGAAUCUGUUGGAAACAGUGAUGAAGAUUCAGAUGUUGCUGAACCUAAUAUAUCAAUUGAUUUGAAAAAGCAAUUACAAUCUUUAGAAAAACCGGAAUCUGAAUAUAUUAUUGACUCUGAAUGUAUAUCUGAAUUAGAAAAAUAUUUUAAUUCUGAAUUUUUUGAUGGCCGGCCAACAAAAACACCAGAAAGAUAUUUAAAAAUAAGGAACUAUAUGUUGUCUAGAUGGAAAAGUACUAGACCUAACUAUUUAAGUAAAACACAAGCAAGACAAGGCCUGAAAAAUUGUGGCGAUGUUAAUUCUAUUGGCCGAAUACACUCAGUUUUAGAGCAAUUAGGAGCCAUAAAUUUUAAUUGUGAUCAAACUUGUUACAUAAGGCCAAUGUCAGAUCUAUUUAAAAAUAAUUCUAAUAUAAUAAAUGGUUAUAAUAGUACUAAAAAUGAAUCUUUAGAAGUUAGUCAACCAGUAAGAGUAAGAAAAAAAAAUAGGACAUAUGCAAAUGAUAGCGAAGGUUACACCAUAUCACAUUCACAAGAUAAUGAGACACCAAAAAAUACAGUAAGACUUCGGACUCAUUAUAAGAGGAAUGGUGGACAACUAAUGAACUGUUCGAAGUUUACAGAAAGUUUUCAUCAACCCUUUGAAGUGCAUAUUGGAAUAUCUGCUCUUCUCUGUAUGAACUUUCAUUCAAUUACCUCCAGAAAUGAAGUAAUGGGCCUUGUUGGUGGAAUAUAUUGUAAUGAAGUAAAAUCUAAAACAUUAUAUGUUAAUAAAUAUCAACCUUGCCAAACUGUUCAACAAACACGAAUAGAUUGUGAAAUGUGUCCAGUAUCUCAAUCGGAAUCAGUAACUGCUAUAUCAAAUGAUGGGUUGUCCGUAGUAGGCUGGGUUCAUUCUCAUCCUGGAUUUCCACCAUUACCUUCUUUACAAGACUUAAAUACUCAAAAAGAAAUGCAAUGUUGUUUUGAGAAAAAUGGUCCAUUUAUGGGUAUUAUUAUUGGGCCUCAUAAUGGUGAAUUGAGGUGUCUUACAAUACCAAACCCGUCCAAUGAUAUACCAUAUGAAUAUGAAAUAAAAUAUAAGCAUGAUAGUAAAAGCAUUCAAAAUCUUGAAGCUGGUUUAAAAAAUAUUCUUGAGAUAGUCAAAUCCUACUCAAGUGAUAUUUUAAGUCCUAAUAGUAAGUCACCAUAUAGUUCAGACAUGCGAGCUGUAGAUAAAUUUCUAAUGGAUAUGAAGCUUAUUUUCAAUAAAUCACAGCCAAAACUAAGAAUUGAAGAAGAGGAACAAAUUGUUAAUUUAAUCAUAAGCACUUGUAAUACAAUAGAUAACUUUUCUACCGCCUAG